AUGGGAGCUUGCUGCGGAACGUCCAAGAAGCCAAAAUCUGAUAGCACUCAGAUGAAAAAGACGAAUGUUGAAGAUAACGCAACAGAAGAGAAGAAAGAAGUUCAAAAAGAAAAGGAAAAUAUAAUAGAAAGUCCACCAAAAGAAGAACAAUUUAUUGUCAAUUAUGAAGAAAAGUUAGAAUUUGUUCAACUGAAAAGCAGAGAUAUUAUAAGCGCUCUUGCAGCUGAAGGAAUGGAAGGGCUAUUAAGUAAACCUCAGCUGAAGCGUGCAUUUAUGACUCUUGAACUAACAGAUGAAGCCUUAAGUUAAGUUUACGCUGGGUAUUUAUAAUUCACACUUCCAAAGGCGCUGCUACACGUAAGCAGCCUCAAAUACCAGCUACAGAGUGUCAGAGGCUUCAACCCCAAGCAUAAACUUGGACCGAAAGUCCCGGCUCCUUGGUAGAGGGCUCUAUUAGAUCCUCCCCUACUGUUUUGUAGCAACCUCCAUUUUCAACUCAAGCCUUCACCCAUGUCGCGCUAACCUGAUACUUAUGGCCAGAUUACCCUUGUUUUCGGUCCUUUUCAACCAGAGAGACUCCCUUUAGAAUCUGUCUAGGCAUCAUUACAAAGAAAGAAUUCAAUAGCUUAGCCAUUCGGGACAGGCUACGAAGUAGCUAAGCAAGUAAGUUGCUCUGCUUCUAUCGAGCAUUCAGCCUGGCUGGCAUUGCCGAUAAAAACAGAUUUAAAAUGCAUCCGCUCGGAUCAGGCCACUAAUCAGCAGAAAUAGUGCUGAGCCUCUGCCUCAAGGCUAAUCAUAUCCUUGGGUAGCUCGUUUCACCAAAGCCAAUAUCCGAAUAUAUAUUAGGGCAUCCGCCACGGGGAGGGCGGUCGCUCAUUACCAAACAUUUUAUAUCUCCACAGAUGAAACCUUAACUUCCCCAGACGCAUCAUUUUAUAAAAUUCUCUCAAAGGUAAAAAAUGAAAAGAAACUAUAUGAAGUGAGAAAACUUUCUUUAUUAGGGAUAUUAAUAGGAAAAGGCGCAACAAAAGGAAAAGUUAGCUCGCUGUUUAAAUUAUACGAUCCAGAAAACUCAGAAAGCUUAGAUGCUGCAAAAGUUGAGCUGAUGUUCAAUGAAAUCGCUGAUUUGUGUGCGAAUAUUCUUCCGAUAAUUGCAAUUGGAGAAGGAGAUGAAUAUUGCACAAAAGAAGAAAUUGAGGGGUAUAUUGAAUUAUUGAAUAAAGGGAAAGAAAAAGCUCUUCAAAAAGUAAAAGCAGUGCUAAUGGAUGGAGAUAGCAUUAGCGAAUCUGAUUUUGUCACUAAAGUGUCGGACUCUGAACUACCUCUGAAAAGCUUAUUAUCUAGCUCUGGAGCAAGAGCAUUUAUAUGGCAGUUUUCUAAAUCUAACUAG